AUGUCGCUUUACUAUGGCGGUCGAAUUCUUACCAUGGUUGGAGAGACGAGGGAAACAGUGAAAUAUGUCGAGGCGGUAGUGGAAAAGGAUGGCAAGAUCACAUUUGCAGGAAGCCUGUCCCAUGCGAAAAGAAUAUUUCGUGGAAUAAACGAGGUGAACCUCGAAGGACGAACCAUGAUGCCAGGGCACAUUGAUCCUCACCUUCAUCCUUCCAUGGCGAGCUUGAUUCUCAAGAUGGAUUUCAUCACGCCGUUUGACUGGGAUCUUCCUAACGGCAAAUUUCCUGGAGUAAGAACCGAACAAGGAUAUCGUGACCGCUUGACGAAGUUGAUUACGCAGCGAAACUACGUCAGUUCAAGGCAAGAUUUCUUGAUAACUUGGGGCUAUCAUCCAUCUUUCCAUGGCAAGAUGGCGAAAGGAGUAAUAGACCAACUAAAGCCUUUAGUUCCUGUAGUUGUUUGGCACCGAAGCUUUCACGAAGUCUACCUCGGCACAAUCGCUCUUGAGCAGCUCAAGUACGACGACUUGGACGAGCUCAAGAAAAACCCUCAAGUUGAAUGGGACAGUGGCCAUUUCUUCGAGAUGGGUUUGGAUGCACUUCUAAGCACGACGUCGUUCAAGGACCACGUUUUCCCUCUAAUGGAAGAAGGCUACAAAGAUCUGGUCCAGGUUAUCCAUCAGAAUGGAAUCACUACUGUGGGAGAUUUGGAAUUUCCUUUGAUUGAUCUGGACCUCGAAAAAAGCAUGGCUUCCAAGAAUCUGAAGUCGAAGGAUGUCUUCUUCUCGACCUAUUGCGUUUGUAGUGCGAGGAACUUCAGCAAGAUCGCAGGUAAAGACCACGAGAAAGCCAAAACGCUCAUUCAGGAUCUAGCGAAAGAAUUCAGUGAUGAUCAAGUGAUUGUGUACAAAGACCACGUGAAGGCGCUCUGUGACGGGGCGUUCUUUUCUCAGCUUAUGCAAAUGGAAGAUGGCUAUUCUGAUGGCCAUUCCGGUCAGUGGAUAACUGAACCAGACGAGUUGGCAAAACUGAUGGAAGUCUACUGGAACUCCAAGCCCAAAGGGUUCCAAAUCCACGUACAUACCAAUGGCGACCUUGGAAUGGCAAAGCUACUAGAAAUCGUGGAACAUCUGAAGACUAUGUACCCUAGAAAGGAUCGUGGGACGACAGUCGAGCACGCUGGCUACUUCACUAAAAAACAAGCUGAUAAAAUAGCUGAGCUUGGUUUGAGAGUUUCGGCCGCUCCGUACUAUCUCCAUACGUUAGCUGAAAAGUACAGCAGUGAAAAAGAAGGCAUUGGUAAAGCUCGGGCGGAGGCCAUGUCCCCAUUAAGAUGGCUCUUUGAUAAUGGAGUGGUCACAGCUCUGCAUUCUGACUUCACGAUGGCACCGUCAAAACCUCUUCUUCUCGCCUGGUGUGCUGUGAACAGAGUUACCGCCGAAGGGAAUUGCUUCAGAAAAGAUCUUGCAAUCACUCCCUACGAGGGCCUGCUUGGAAUCACUAAGAAUGCAGCCAUAAUCCUUGGUACUGAUGACAUCAUGGGAACCAUUGAAGAAGGAAAACUUGCCAAUUUUACAAUCCUGGAAAAAGAUCCACUAGAAGUUGAGCCCAUGGAAAUUAAAGAUAUCAAGAUCUACGCCUCAGUGUACAAAGGAAGAAUGAACUCAAUACGUACUUAG